GGAAGGGACAAGUCGUAGUAGAAGUGGGAGGAGUCUGUUUGUUGACAUCAGCCCGAAAACCAAUACAUCAGAUUGAACGACGACUGGGUGAUAAUAACUCCGUUUAUCGCUGUUCUCAAGACGUAACACCUUGGCGAAAGCUAAGGUAGAGCACUCCACAAUGGCUCGUCCGCGUCCACACCACUGACUUGACUGUUCGCGGCGUUUCCACGCUGGUUUGUACGUAGCGUGUUAGCCACAUCGGCUAAGUUUGCUAACAUUGCAGGGGAAAGUCAUCGCUAGCCCGACAGCUAACAUAACCUGCAACACACCGCUGAUGUGCCCUACCGGCUACUGGAAGCAUAACUUAGACAAACAAGUUCUACUCGCAGGUAUUGUGGGCUAAUUGUGAACCAAGUUCCCUGCGCUGCCAAGUGUUGGAUCUGAGCUACCGAAGAGGCAAACAUGGCAGCCAAAGCAGGAGAUAACCCAGACAGCCUCAUGACUUUGGCAACCGUAUUCUGCUUGAGGAACCUGAAAAAGACGAUGUGCUAUCAGGGUUUGAGGAAUAAGCUUUGCCUGCGCUCGGACAUCUUUCUUCCGAGUGAAAUCUGUGACAAAUUGGUUAACGUAUACAUGGAGCUGGUCCACACAGACAGUAACUUUGAACCAAAGGAGAGCUUCUUCCAACUUUUUGCAGACCCACGGAGCACCAGACUGACCAGGAUACAGCUGAAGGAAGAUAUUGUCUGUGACAGAGACUUGGAAGCCAUUAGAAAACAGGACCUGAUUGAGCUUCAUCUUAGCUACUGCAACAGUCUGUCAUCCCGCAGCCUAAAAACAUUGACAUGCUUCCGUGAGACGUUGGUCUCCCUUUGUCUUUUUGGCUGCAGUCUCAUCUUCUAUAGGAAGGGCGGUGCCCCACUGGCCUUCAAUGAAGAUACUGAGGAUGAGGGAGAGAGCCCUGUUUCUAGGCAAGCAUUAGAGACUGACUUUAACUUCCAGGGGUUCAACCGCCUACGAUUGCUCAACCUGGGUGGCCUACCAGAUGAGGUGGAUGCGGAAAACCUGCUUAAACCCUUGAAGUCACUCAGCUCACUAGAUCUGUCUAAUGUUCACUUACUGGGAACAGCUUUUCUAACUCAGUGGAAAGACAGACUAGCAUCUCUUGUUCUCUACAAUGUGGAUCUUUCAGAGGAGUUGGUCAAUACUGUGGAGGAACUUGUCAAUCUCAGGCAUCUUGACAUCUCACGUGAGAGCAGGAGGACCUCCAAGUUUAAGAUGAGCAGGAAAAUAUUGACCGCUAUCGUGCAGAGACUGGUCAAUCUGAUUUCACUGGACAUCUCAGGUCACGUAAUGCUCGACAACUGCACCGUUUCGCAUUGUGAAGAAGCUAUGGGUCGGCCAAGCAAUGAACCAUGCAAGAGCAGCAUCUACCCUUUUAAAGAGCUGAAGAGGCCCUUGCAGUUUUUGGGUUUAUACGACACUACCCUUUGUAAUGUGACGCACAUCCCUGCUUAUAAGGUGACUGGAUCAAAGAAUGAGGACCAGGUCCUGAAUGCUAUUGAAGCUUACACAGAGUUUCGCCCUGAGUUGGCUCAUAGAGCUAUCAAUCAACUGUUUGACAUUGCCAGGAUACAACACUGCAGCCAGCUGCUCCGAGCAUUGCAACUUGUCAUAGCAGCAUUAAAGUGCCAUAAAUUUGAUAAGAGCAUUCAGGUGACGGGCAGCGCUGCACUUUUCUACCUGACCAACACAGAAUAUCGCAGUGACCAAAGUGUGCGACUUCGCAGAGAGGUCAUUCAAGUGGUGUUAAAUGGAAUGGAGCAGUACCAGGAAGUCACUGUUCAAAGGAAUUGCUGCUUAACUUUGUGUAACUUCAGCAUUCCGGAAGAGCUGGAGUUUCAGUACAGUCGGGUAAACCAGCUGCUUCUAAAAAUCUUGGAGCCAGCAAGGCAGGACGAGUCCAUCCAGAGAAUCGCUGUGCAUCUCUGCAACGCUUUAGUUUGCCAGGUUGACAACCACCACAAGGAAGCUGUUGGAAAGAUGGGAUUUGUAAAGACAAUGCUGAACUUAAUACAGAAGAAGCUUCAGGACCGACUGUGCGACCAGGUGAUGGAGUUUUCCUGGAGUGCUCUGUGGAAUAUUACUGAUGAGACGCCUGACAACUGUCAGAUGUUCCUCAAUUGUCGGGGAAUGAAUCUCUUUCUCGAUUGUCUACAAGAGUUUCCAGACAAGCAGGAGCUGCAUCGCAAUAUGCUGGGGCUUCUGGGUAAUGUUGCUGAGGUCAAAGCGCUACGGCCACAGCUCGUCACGCCACAGUUCAUCUCUGUAUUCAGUAAUCUACUAGACAGUAAGGCGGAUGGGAUCGAGGUGUCGUACAAUGCAUGUGGCGUGCUUUCCCACAUCAUGUUUGAUGGACCAGAGGUUUGGUCGAUGGAAGAGCCACUGAGGGACACAGUGAUGGACAAGAUGUGGGAUGCUAUUCAGAGCUGGGAUGUCAGCUCACGUCGCAAUAUCAACUACAGGUCAUUUGAACCCAUACUGCGACUACUACCUCAAAGCAUCGCUCCUGUAAGUCAACACUGGGCCACGUGGGCUCUCUUCAACCUGGUGUCAGUUUAUCCAAGCAAGUAUUGUCCCCUGCUCAUAAAGGAAGGAGGAAUUUGUCUUCUGGAGAGAGUUUUGGAGUUGGAAAGUUCACACCCUGAUACAAAGGACAUGGCCCAGAAAGUCAUGGAGCAGUGUGAAAACUUCAAAGAAGAUCCAAUGGAAAUAAAUCAUGCUCAAGAGGUAAACUUGGGACAAAGAGGUUGACACGACUGGCAUUUCAGUAUCUGGCAGGCAUCAAGUAAACCAACCUCAAGCUCCUCGUCAUCAACACAGUUGUCAAUGUGUGCAUUUUUCGUCUUCUUACGAUUCAUUUGUUAUGGUUGGCACAGCUGUGUCUCUAACCUUUUUCUCAGCAGUUUGGACUGAAAGGGUUUAAGACACGGUGCAUGGUGUUUCUACCUACGCUGCUCUUAAGAGUCUUCUCUAUCGUGACUUGGUCGUGGGGGUGUGUGGAUUAUGUGUGUGAAAGUUUUCUUCAUAGAACAUAGCUGGAUUGAUUCUUGGUUCUCAAUGGAAGGAAAGUGAUGGGUACGCACCUCUACAGUGUGUACCCAUUACCGUGUGGCGUUGAACAUAUGGCAAAGACCAUUGGUGCAGCGGCAGCCAUUUUCUCCUGUGUGCAGUGAUGAUGAGCCGAUAUGCAAGUAGGUUGAUGUUGGCUGGAGGGAAGUCUCUCCAUGUGUACUUUUUUGUUGUAUAUUUUGUAAAUAUAAUGUUUCCUUUUACUGUAUAUGUUUUAUAAUAUAACUGUAAACACUCAAGGCUAUACCCCCUAUUUAAAUUCUUUAGGUUUAGCUGGCAAAUGGUCAGUGUUCAGAAAGUUUAUGUAGAAAAUUAAUUCAAAUGUAGCCUCAACUCCCCUUAGUAUCGUUUUCAUGUAAUGCUGUCCUUUUACUACAUUCACUUAAGACACAGUGAACAGCCAUGACUGGUAAGCCAGGAGUAUAAGUUAUUCCAACAACUUAAAAGCAGAUUGUCCAUCUAUAUUAUUUAAAAAAACUUUGGUUUAAGACACUUUGUUUUUGUCAUGAACGGUGGCACAAAUAAUUGAACAUCGACCAUUAAGAGGAAGAAUUAACUGUCCAAAUAUUUAGCAAGCUAAUGUUAUAAUGUCAUUAUUUUACAAAUUGUACAAUGUGGAAAAACUCAUGAUAAUCAAAUCAAACACUGAACCCCAUUCGGAAAUGUGUAAUGUACAGUAAGUUUUUAAAUAAAAUACAGUAGAAUACCAUGCUUACCUACUGAUCUAGCGCAUUCAUGUGAGCACGAACAUUCACCCUUUGAUUGUUUUCUUUAUACCAACAAAACAUACUUUAACUAGGGCUGUCAGGCGAUUAAGAUAUUUCACCCUCUGGGGAAUUUCAAUUACCUUUAAGACAAAGGUUGUAAAAACAAAAACAUUCAUAUGUUCUCUUUUGUUUUUUACUUUUUUUGCGCAAAUGUCUCAAUAAACUUUAGUCCUAAACAAAAAAAUCAAGCAAGUAAUUUUUUAUUCUGACCCUUGUGAAAGCCUUGAGGUCAGAUAAUGUCUCAGGCUUGUGUUAGUAAAACUACUCAUGUUGAGCAAAUAUAUACCAAUUGAAAAGGGUUACAUAAUUUGAUUAAAAGGCUUUUAAAUAGUUUAAAAUAAAUGCCCUUUGAAAAAUAAAGGACUCGGGGUAUUGUUGAAUAACUGUCAGUGUAUUGCACACCUCUAAAAGAAUUAGACAUUGAAAUGUAAGAAUUUAACAUGAAAAACCCCUGUUUGG